AUGAACGACGACGAGUAUAAUGCACCGAUAAUACCGUCGGCGCCGUGCCUCAUCGUGUCUUCGUCUCAUGCGCUACUCUCGCGGCUGGCGUCCGCGUAUCGACACUUGACGUACGACUGCGGCAGUCAAUCAGCCAUUUCGAUUGCAAAAGCCGAACGAACGGUAUCGAUUGAGAGACGGAGAAUGUGGAAGAGGAAUAGAGACACACCGGUCGAGUGGGUCGGGGUCGGUUUUCGAGAUGGUGGAGCGCGUAAAAUUCGCCCGUCCUCCGGCGGCGCAGACGUGACCGUCGCGUCGGAUAAGUCGCUGGCUCACAACCGUCAAGUUUAA